GGACGGACUUUUUUGAGUUGACUCCAUUGAAUGCAACUGCAAGUUCAUUUACAACCUUAGCUUGAUCCCAAUCCCAGUUGCCAGUGUUACCACCAUGCGUUUUCAGCGUCUCUUGCAAUUGCGCAAAUAUGCGACCGUAGCUACCCUGAGGCAAAGCACACACAUACGCACACACACACAUGCACACACGCCGACAAUGGUGCGCACUCUGGCAAGCAGCACAUCGCCUCUGCCGGAACUGACACAGAUUACGGACAAUGUGCAACGCGGAAAUUACGCCCAGCUCAAUGACAAGGAUGUGUCGCACUUUACGCAGCUUCUGGGCAAGAAUCAUGUGCUUACUGAUGAUCUUGAUGGCUACAAUAUUUGCUUCCUCAAGCGCAUACGCGGCAACAGUAAACUCGUGUUGAAACCGGGAAACACGGAGGAGCUUGCCGCGAUAAUGAAGCACUGUAAUCAACGUAAGUUGGCGGUGGUGCCGCAGGGUGGCAAUACCGGAUUGGUCGGUGGAUCGGUGCCCAUUUGCGAUGAAAUUGUUAUAUCGCUGCAACGCAUGAACAAAGUGUUAUCCGUGGAUGAGGUGACGGGCAUUGCGGUUGUGGAAGCUGGCUGCAUUUUGGAGAACUUUAGCCAGCGGGCGCAUGAUGUGGGUUUGACGGUUCCACUGGAUUUGGGUGCCAAGGCUAGCUGUCAUAUUGGUGGCAAUGUGUCCACAAAUGCCGGAGGAAUACGUGUGCUGCGUUAUGGCAAUCUACACGGCACUGUGCUGGGCGUCGAGGCUGUCUUGGCCAAUGGUCAAGUGCUCGAUCUGAUGUCCAAUUUCAAAAAGGAUAACACCGGCUAUCAUAUGAAGAAUCUAUUUAUUGGUUCCGAGGGCACACUCGGUAUUAUCACCAAGCUAUCGAUGCUAUGUCCGCAUGAAUCGAAGGCGGUGAAUGUUGCUUUCAUUGGCCUGAACUCCUUUGAUGAUGUGCUAAAGACCUUUGUCAGUGCAAAGAGGAAUCUGGGCGAAAUUCUUAGCUCCUGUGAGCUGAUUGAUGAGCGAGCUCUCAACAUGGCGCUAUCGCAAUUCAAGUUCCUCAACUCCCCGAUCUCUGGCUAUCCGUUCUAUAUGCUGAUCGAGACAUCGGGCAGCAAUGCAACACACGAUGAGGAGAAGCUCAACAAGUUUAUUAGCUUGGGCAUGGAACGGGAGGAGAUCUUGGACGGUACCGUUACCGGUGAUCCUGGAAAGAUGCAGGAAAUCUGGAAACUGCGUGAAAUGGUUCCGCUGGGCCUCAUCGAGAAUAGCUUCUGCUUCAAAUACGACAUCUCGCUGCCCCUGCGAGACUUCUAUAGCAUUGUCGAUGUAAUGCGGGAACGUUGCGGUCCCUUGGCAACAGUUGUCUGUGGUUAUGGUCAUCUCGGUGACUCGAAUCUCCAUCUGAAUGUCAACUGUGAGCGGUUUAACGAUGACAUCUAUAAGCGUGUGGAACCCUUUGUCUAUGAGUACACAUCCAAGCUGAAGGGCAGCAUUAGUGCCGAGCAUGGCAUCGGUUUCCUAAAGAAGGACUAUCUGCAUUAUUCGAAAAAUCCUGUGGCCAUCGAUUGGAUGCGUGACAUGAAAAAGAUGUUCGAUCCCAAUGGCAUUCUAAAUCCCUAUAAAAUGCUUGCAUGAUUUCCAAAUUAAUUCAAUUAUAUUCCCUUAAUUUUUGCCGCAUUUGUUAAGAUAAAUUUGUAAAGUAUAAAAUAACCAGUAUAUUAAUUGGUUUAAAUAAAAUCAAAUGUACAUAUGUA